UACGUUGCAGGAUGACUGUAAACUCUCGCGAUGACCGUCUCCGACGAGAUCACACUCGCAGCACGGAAAAAUGACGUCUUGUCAACAAGACUAACAAAGUGCAAAAGUUUUAACAGGCAUGCCCCGAAGUCCUAUUUAGUAGCCACCCAGCCAUCAGUGCCUGCAUCCAACUGUCCCCAUGACAACCCCUCCUCUGGCCCCGUUUCCCGGGCAACAGGCUCAGGCUACACGGGAUGUGAACACAGCCUCACUAUGCCGGAUCGGGCAGGAGACGGUUCAGGACAUCGUCUUACGAACCAUGGAGAUUUUUCAGCUGCUAAGAAACAUGCAACUCCCGAAUGGAGUGACUUAUCAUCCUAACACUCAUCAGGACCGGUUGGGAAAACUGCAGGAACACUUGCGGAUGCUCGCCGUACUUUUCCGGAAGCUACGUCUCGUUUAUGACAAAUGCAAUGAGAAUUGCGCUGGUCUUGAUCCCAUACCUCCUGAGCAACUUAUUCCUUACGUCGAAGAUGACAGCUCUAAACUGGAUGACCGUGUGGCCAAUCAGAUGCGUGCAACUAGUGAGGAGAGAAGAGAAGUACUGGAAGUUAAUAAGAAACUCAAACAGAAGAAUCAACAGCUGAAGAUGAUUAUGGACCAGCUCAGAAACCUCAUCUGGGAGAUUAACUCCAUGCUUGCCGUUAGGAGCUGAAAGACAGAAACCACUGUCAGGAUACAGAAGAUACAUUCACCAUUUCUCUUUUCACUGGGAAGACAGGAAGAUUAAAGAUACAGAAUAAACCGGCACGGCAGUAAUUGGGAUACGGUAGAAAGUGAGAGAUGGUUUGACCUGAAGAAUUUCUGCUAGGCACAACUGAUGGGUGAAAUACCAUUCGGUUGGCUGCAUUGGAUUUCAAUUUUCAACCUGAUGAACAUUUAAAGGUCUGAGUGGUCUGCACGAUCAUGCAGAUUCGUUUUAAAAUGAAUCUUUUACUCGAGUAUAUUCCUAAUAUAUAGAUUUUCUUUUAAGUUAUGUAGAAUACAAUUGCAAUUUACAGGAAGAAAAAUACAAUGUACCAAGUGAAAUAUUCAAUUAUAUGAUCCAGUCACAUUAAUAUGCAAUAUAUGUCAUAAACAUUAUCUUGUACCA